AUGUCAACGUUCAUACACAUUGCUAACCGCUUUUUUAGACAACCCCUCCCUCUUCAGGACAACACAACCCACCGAUCUCAAAUGGGAUCCAACAGUCCCACUUCUACCGGUAUCACUACCCCGCAGCCGGACCCGACAGAUAAGCUUCAGCCCUCCAUUAUGAACAAUUACUUCCAGGUUGGUCCCUCCUCUGGUCCUAAAUCAACGAACUCGUUCUACUUGCCCGACCCCAUGGACAAUCCACAAUCAGAUGCGCCUGUCGCAGAUGCUCCGGAGAGCCAAAGCUCGUCUGGCCGCUCUUCCGUCUCCUCUGAGUCCUUGGUCAUGAUGGGCCGGGGCAAGUCUUCCGCUGCCCUGUCAGACAAGAAGUCUCACGUUUCGGAGAGUAAGCCAGUGACUUUGGGUCCUGCAAACCUACCCACACCUCCCCAUUGUUCCGCCCAUUCCCUUUUGCAGAAGGAGCCGGAUGAGACAGAAAUGGCGUCCUCGGUCCCAGACAAGGGCAUUGGUUCUUCUAUUUUCACCACGUUGAAAAGUUACCUUCCUGUUCCGUCCGGAGGAACUGCGGCGUCGGUCCCAGAGUCUACCGCACGGCGUCACACGUCUCAUCCAGUGUCCAGUAUUUCGGACAACACCGUUCUUGCAUCUCAUUUCUCCAACCCUUGUCUCCCUUCGCUGGCGGAUGCCCCUGCAGUCGACCGUGACAAGCCACCUCGUGUUUCCAUGUCUUCUGAGAAUAUGGUCAAGCUAACCAUGAACGCGGCUGAUGCGUCGCGUCUAAAGAACACGCCUCCUCUCACACCUCGUGCUAUGUCUAAUGACGGAACUCAUUCUGAGAGUCACCCUACCAACGAUAACAAGUCGCCUACAUCAUGCCCGAAUCAACCAGAUCAAUCGAAGCCGCAGCAGAUGGACGAAGCGACAGAAGAAAUUGCCGGAAAGUUGGACGAAGUAUUCCCGUCCGGCUCAUCCUCUCGGGAUCGUUCCUCAUCGCCCCAAUCUAACCCGGCGGUUGGUUCCCUUAAGGGCAAGCUGGUUGUCACUAUUGCCGAAGCCCGAGGGCUACGACCAGGUUUCGAUCCAUAUGUGGUUUGUGUAUUCGAGUCAAACGAAGUCAUUUCCAAGAGUGCCCACGAUGAAGAAGAAGCUUCGAUUGAGCGACAGCAAAAGGAGCAAGAAAAAUCUGACCUAGAAGCGGGCCGCCCGAUUGCCAUUCCCAUGAAGAGUCGACAGAGUAGCAGCAACAGUCUGCCUAGUUUGUUAGAAGGUUCUGAUCAGAAGGGAAAGCUUAUGACUGAUCCUCAUUGGAAUCAUGAGGCUGUUUUUGAUGUUCUUGGCGAGCAAUCUGAAGUCGAUGUAUCUGUCUAUGACCGGAGCAACCAGGAAGCCUUCCUGGGACAUGUACGGCUAACUAUCAAUUUGAACGAAGAAAAUAAUCGAAUGGAUGGAUGGUACCAGUUGACUGCCCGCGGCGCGGGCGAUACACAGGUCUCGGGAGAGAUCCGGAUGGAAAUGCGAUUUGAGACGACAGAUAAGAAACAGGUCGGACCGAAUGACUUCCAAAUCCUCAAGCUCAUCGGUAAGGGGACAUUUGGCCAGGUCUACCAGGUGAAGAAGAAAGAUACGCAGCGAAUUUACGCGAUGAAGGUGUUGUCGAAGAAGGUGAUCAUCCAAAAGAAGGAGGUUGCACACACUCUUGGCGAACGGAACAUUUUAGUCCGGACCGCAAUGGCGGCGUCUCCGUUUAUUGUUGGGCUGAAGUUCUCGUUCCAGACCCCCACCGACCUGUACCUGGUGACAGACUACAUGUCUGGGGGUGAAUUGUUCUGGCAUCUACAGAAGGAAGGUCGCUUCCAAGAAGCACGGGCGAAGUUCUACAUUGCCGAGCUCAUCUUGUCUCUUCAGCACCUACAUGAACAUGACAUUGUGUAUCGGGAUCUGAAGCCGGAAAACAUCCUGCUGGAUGCCAAUGGGCACAUUGCGCUCUGUGACUUUGGUCUGUCCAAGGCCAACCUUACUCGGGAUGACACCACGAACACAUUCUGCGGGACAACCGAGUAUCUUGCGCCCGAAGUGCUGCUGGACGAGCAAGGGUAUACGAAGAUGGUCGACUUCUGGUCUCUGGGAGUGCUUGUGUUUGAGAUGUGCUGUGGAUGGAGUCCCUUCUAUGCAGAGGACACACAGCAGAUGUAUAAGAACAUCGCAUUUGGCAAGGUGCGAUUCCCUCGGGACGCGCUCAGCACCGAAGGGCGGAACUUUGUCAAAGGUCUACUCAAUCGGAACCCCAAGCACCGACUGGGAGCCAAGGAAGACGCUAAGGAGCUCAUGGCGCACCCGUUCUUCGCAGAUGUGGACUGGGACGCCCUGUGCGCCAAGCGGGUGAUCCCGCCGUUCAAGCCGAAACUCAAGUCGGACACGGACACGUCCAACUUUGACCCUGAGUUCACCAACGCGUUUGACCAGAACGCACACCUGAACCAACACGCUGCGAUCGUGGCUAACGGAUUGAUGCCUGGGUCGACGCCGCUGUCGCCGGGAAUGCAGGCCAAUUUCAAGGGCUUUACGUUUGUGAACGAGAGCUCGAUGGACCAGCAUUUCCAGGAAGAGAACGAUGAUCGGAUGGAUGAGGAUCUUCGGAUGGAUGACCAGGCGUGGCAACGAUCGCAUCGGGCGGCGGAGCAACAGCAACGGAUGAGUGGAGUUCAGAAGACGGGGGAGGGAGACCCGGGGAUUUUCCAUGUUGAUGAGCAUUUUGAUAUGUGA